UGAGUGUCCCUUUAAAUAUAAUAUGUCUUUAUAUAUUAUUAUUUUUUCAGGAUAUUAUUAAUUUUAUUUAAAGUAUUUUAUUAUUUCAUAGACAUGUCUGCAAAUGAAGCUAUACAGAGAAGAAGAACUCUAAUGGAAAUGAGCACAGAAGAGGUUCAAGAUAUGAUGCAAACUUUGAUAUCUCAACGAAAUGCCGACAAUGCAAACAUUGAUGUUUCUAAUAGUCACCUGUGGGAUCCUGUAGUUGAUGAUCUAUCCAACCAGGACAAUAGUGAGAGCAAUGCGGACACUCAAGAAUCCAAUAGCUCUGAGGAUUUACAAAGAUUGGAGAGUUUGACAUGGUGUUUUUGUGGGAAUUGUAAGCUAAUGCCUACUGUAAUCGAAAGCUUUUGCUGCAGGGAAAAUGAGGAAAUCAUGUCCCACAUCCCAGAAGGCAAAGCUUGCAUUUGCGAUGCCCAGAAACAUAUCAAUGAACUUGAUCAAGGUUUUCUUAACAGGAUCACAGAAAUCACUCGGAGUUUUCUUCCUAUGCGAUCACAGGCCAAAGAAGCCAUGACUCAAAGGGCAUAUCGAAAACUUUCGUAUAGAUGUUUUUCAACCUGGAUAAAUGGUGAACUUGGGCCAAAGAACCGUAAACCUAUUCCUUCGUGCAUCGUUAACAGUAUCCGUGAACAUUACCCUGCACCAGACAAUAUUUAUGUUGGUUUCCAUUAUCCAGAGGAUGAUGGCCCAGCAAGUGAAAUGAUCCUGGAUUAGUUUUUUUAUUUUUUUAAUAUUAUACAGAUUUAAAUAUUGAAGAUUAUAAUUUUUUUGGAAUUUUCGUUAAACUAUGUUAUUAGUGAAUAACAUUUAUUAUUGAAACCUGUUACAUUGUUUCAUUCUUAUAAUUGUUUUAUCGACAUUAUUAAUGAAUGUUUACUGUUCUUUCACUCUAAUUUUUUUAUUAAAAAACAAAAAAAAGAA